AUCUGUAAAGAUGCACAUCAAAUGGUUUACUUACCUUUUUAUAUACAUCUACGUUAUAGACAAGAUCUUUUGCGAAAAGUAUAUUAUUUUCAAAACUUUGCAAUGUUCUCCAAAGAGCCAAUUAAUAAGAAAUCUAGAGUGCUCGAAUGAUGAUACUUCCCUGUCGUUUAGUGCGGACACAGUCAAAGAGAUCGCCAAGUAUUUCGGCUUAUCUAAUAUAAAUUUAUAUAUAUCUGGAAAUAAAAAUGUGAUGCAACUGAAAGGAUUACGGACGGAGUUUUGCGAGACCCGGUCGGAGCGUAAGCGACCCAAUUUGAUGUCGUUGGUAAAUGUGGGCAUAUAUAACUCGAUCAACAACUACCCUCAACGAUGUCCCCUUCUUAGGAAUACUACGUACUACUUGAAACGAAUGCAAUUUGAUGCAAAGCAUGUGCCCAGAUAUUUGCCGGAAUACAAUUUUACAUACGCUGGCAAAUUCUAUAUGAACAGUAUGCUGACGGCUGAGGUGCAAGUCACUGGAUCAAUAUGUAAUAUCGGAAAUGAUUGUAGAGGAAUUAAAUAAUAUUUAAACUGGAAACAAA